AUGAAAAACUUCGUGGCCGCAACAUUAGCCCUGGUCACAGUCGUCGCGGUUCAAGCCGGUGAUAUCGGUGGUGGAGGCGGCGGCGGUGGUUAUGGUGGAGGAUACGGAGGAGGUCACGGAGGCGGCGGUGGCUCGGCGAAAAUUCUCAUCAUCAAAGGCGGCGGAGGUGGUGGCGGUGGGGGAUCCCUGACGGUCUCGGGGCCGUCUCACGUGAUCAAAACCAUCCACCAGGUCAGAACGAUCGACAGCGGAGGUCAGAUUCUCUCGAAGUCCGGAGGAGGGGGCGGAGGUCAGGCUAAGGUGCUAGUCGCUAGAGUGGCCGGAACCGCGUCAAUCCAACAUGGCUCGCUCGGAGGCGGCGGCGGUGGACACGGUGGGUGGUCUGGAGGUGGAGGCGGUGGCGGAUGGUCCGCGGGAGGGAGCGGUGGAGGCGGAUGGUCCGCGGGUGGAAGCGGUGGAGGCGGAUGGUCCGCUGGUGGAAGCAGUGGAGGAUGGUGA